CAGCCUCUACGGUUCAGAGAACUGUAUAUCUUCAUAAUUUGGCAGAGGUGUGUGUGCGUGUGUGUCUGUGCGUGUGUUAUGUCUGUGUUCUCCACAGCUCCAAAGCCUUUGGAAGUCUCUAACAACCAUCACCCAAACACACACGGAGCAAAACAUGGCAUCUGUCGACUGGACAAAAGGAGUGCAUGUCUUGUACCUGCAGCUAAACUAUAGAAUUAGAAAGACUCUUGAGAUACAGGACAUUCUGGAUUCAUUAUUUGAGCUAAACAAUUUUAUACAUUUUAAAUAUGUCCCUCUCCCCUUGAAACCUCCCCACAAAGAUUAAUUAUUAAAAAUGGUUGGUUAUUUACAUGUGUGGUAGUGUAUUGAUUCUUUGUGUAGCUAUAAAUGGCAUGUUAUUGUCACCAUAUUUUAGGGUGAUCUUUUCUAGAUUUAUAUUACUGCUUGCCACAAUGUUUAACUUUUUAUUAAAGUGACAUGUGCAAAAAACAUUUUAAAUUUAAAGGUUGCUAUAAUCCAUGGGAUUAAAAAUAGCAUUUCUGCUCAUAAACAUCUCUCAAGACACUUGUUAUUGGCUUUUCUAAAAUCAUGUCAUCAGUAAGUACCUUGUCAAACUGCUGGCAGUUAAAAGUUACACAUUGAGAGAUAUUUUAAAAAUACAAAAAUCUAAAGUUACGUGCAAACAAAUUGUGGUUCUGUUUGAUACAUUUAAUAAAAUUUAAAAAGAAAGUGAAUUUCCAGCAACGGCUGAGAUGUGUACAGCAGAAACCUGCAGUGAGUGCAGCGCGCGCUGAAGCACGUCUCGCGAGAUGUCUGUUCUUGGUCAGCAGUCGCUCGUUCCUCCAUUUCGCUGCGUCGAAAGUCUCCUCCCCACAACCGCUAGAUUCAGCGAUUCCGGACCCAGUCUCUCUCGGAGCGGUCUUUAACUUGAUCCUACGAACCUGCCAGUACCUCACUGGGUACCGAGAGGCAGUUUGGAAUAGUCUCAACACGGAUUGAGUACGAUUUGAAGCGGAUGGCGACUCCUUCAGCGAGAAUUUAGUAAAAGAAAAGUGCUCGGAAAUUUCAGACCCUCAGAUGCAGUGGUACCCUUGAUCUCAGCAUCCUGGAAGUGGAAAUCACGGAAGAGACUGGUGCUUCAUCACAUACAGGUUUAGUGUGUAGCAGUGCCGGUUCUAAAGCAGGGCAGUCUGGGGAAGAGGCGGUGCAGCAGCGCACCUGUCCGGCAGUGGCUGUGCUGGGUGGCACCUCCGCGGCUGCGCAGAAUGUGGCCGGGCCACCCCAGCAUGCCCUGCAGCCAGUCGCAGCUGCCACUCUAUCACCAUCAUCGGUUGACGUCGCUACUGGAUCGCAGCCGAAAGGAGACUCAAAGGCUGCAUGUAAAGAACAGACCAUCACUCACCUUCAAAGAAACAGCGGCACCAAGGAAUCAGAGGAAUUAUCAUCUGUCCAAAGAGGACUGGUGUCACCUUCUGCUGAAGACACACAAAAACUUACAGACACAUUGGAGGGUCGGACUCCCUCAGACAGACUUUUUGAGAGCGGGGCGGAUAGCAUUACGCAAAAACAGGAUUUGCUUUACGGGUGUAACACAGAGCAAACAAGUCUUUCACACAGGGAGACAGAUAUGGCCGAAGGAUCCAGCACAGGCCACUGCCAAGAUUGGAGCCACCACCCUGAAGAUGCAAGGGGUGUCUCUGCCCCUUUUGAGACAGAAAAGGGACCCUUGCCUCCAGAGACAAUCAAAUUGGACUACAAGAACAUGUCUGGAAAGCACACACCUGGGGAAAGCCCCUUUUUCUCAACAACAGAAGUCAUCCCAGCAGUCUCAAGUGCAGUUACGACAAAAGACAUGGAGCAGCCCCAAACGACUCCCCCUAUUCAGACAAAUCAGACUGCCACAUCAUCCCCGAUUGGCGUCCCACAGAAACAAAGUACGACCAGUUCAACAAAGCAGGAUUGUAAUCUUGGCUCUAAGGCGUCUAUUGAAGUUGUCACACAAGAUCUGCCUAAAACAGACAAAGAAGGUGCAGCUAGUCCGUUUAGAGAAACCUUGGGAACAAAACAAGGUAAUAGUGGGAAUUCCCUUUGCUCAGGAUAUUCAUCAUCAAAACAAGGAGGGGAGCACAUUACCCCCGACAGUGGAAAUAGCAUGCCAAAUGCCUCCGAUAAGGGCAGCUGUUAUCCCCAAGAGGACUGCAGUAAAACACAGAAGGCUACACAGAGGACAGAAACACCUGGUGUGCCCACCCCGUCUGAGAAUACACAGUGUGUACAAGAGCUAAGCUCUCAGUAUGUACGUUUAAGUGAAACCUCCAAAAUGUUUCCGUUGGGUAAGACAACUAGUGCAAAGGAGGGGCAGGGAAAUGAGAAAGUCCCUGUAGAUGGAGAUCUGUGUUUUAAUGUGGCUGCUAAAGAAGUAUUUCGCAACAUUUCUGUUGAUGAACCAAAGCUGUCUGGGCACGGGAUAUGCACCGACGAUGUACAGGUCCCCAUUGUGAAUGAAAGGUCACAAGUCAUGGUUUGCAGCUCUUCUGAUGUUAUUUUGAAGCAGAAUGACAGUGCCAAUCAAAUAGAAAUAUCCAUGUCCUCAAAUCACCAACAAGAUGGGAGCUUACUGCUCACACACACAGGGAACUGUGUCACUUUAGAGGGGCUAGACUCGGGUCAGCCAAAUCUUUCUGACUGUAUGGUCCAACAUGUACAAGAGUCCAUUCCAGCUGAUCAUAAGCUCUCGCAGAUUCAGAUAUGCUUGAAUGAUACUCCAGAUAUUGUGAAUAUGGAAGAGAGACAGGAAGUGAGUGCAGAGGCUCUCAAUGCUGUUGAGGUGAAAGAUUUGAUCGAUGUAGGUAUUUUAAUGCAGCCAGAUAUGGAGGAUACAUGGCUGGUUGUAAGCGAGAUAGACGGGCAGUCUGAGCAUGCAGAGAUGGAGGUGAGCGAGGAGUCUCUUGUGCAGUGCCCUGAAUCCCAGUCAACUGUUGCUGUAUAUGAAUGCACUGUGCCCUGCUUUACAUCAGCUGCCCUUCAUAGUGAUGUUAAGCUGCUGUUAACUGACAAAGAAGAGGAACCAAUGGAAACGUUGACACAAGAUUCGCAAGCCCAGAGUAAUCUAGGGAAUCAGACCUCAUCUCAUCCUGAUGCACUCAAACCCACAGAAGAGUUACUUUCUGUGCCCUCUACGCAAAAAGAAGACCCUAAAAUUAUCAAGCAAAAUGAUGAUUCAGCUCAUACUGACCUCGUAAACACGUUGACAGGGUUAACGUCCACAGUGAUGGAUGUCACACUUGGGCCUGUGCGAGAGCAGCAAGAAUCUGUUGUGGAAAAAACACCAGGUGUGUCAUUAAUUUCAUUGUCUUGUGAUACGAUUGAUCCAAAGCUACUGAUCCUAAAGAAGGGUGACAGCCCUGCCCUUAAGCAACCUUCUUGCCUGUCUGAUAGGAUCUCACCCAAGCAGAACUCACUUGUUCUGGCUGGAUCACCUAGUGAUGGAUUAAAUAAAGCUGCAGAGUGCCUUGCUAAAACUGAAUCAGCUGCAUCCGCCAUCAUGGAGGAGGAUGAUGUUUUACCUGCUGACCGUCCUGUCUCAAACACUCUCUCUCAGUCCUCUUGGACUGUUUCCACGUCUAAUGUGCUUUCAGAGAACAGCACUGAGAAAGAAAACUUAAAUGAAUCAAAUAGUUCUGGCAAGUUGCUUCAAAAUGAAUCUUCUGCUAGUGCUUCAUCUUCAACUUCAACUCAAUUUCAUAACACAAAAAGCCACCUUCCUCCUCCUGCUGGAGAUGUGUGGGGUACUGUAUCCAAUGUUGUCCCAGAUGGGAAUCAAUGUAAACAGUCUUUGGCUGGUACAUCAUGCCAGGAUUCAAUAACGUUAGGGGGUGAACUGGAGUUGGAGCAGCAGUUACCAGAUGAACUUUUGUCAACAAUGCAAGAUGCUCAGAUCUCCAUCCUGGAGCCACUUGAUGCUUCUAUAGAAGAAAGCAGUGAUGCAGAGGUUGACAGCUCUAUGGAUGUCCAGAAUGAGGAUGCCAAUGCUACGCUCAGUCCAGCAGCGAACAAGCGUGGGCAGAGCAGGACAGACAAACAAGGCUUGUUAUUGAAGGUUUGCCAGUGGAUUGCAGGCAAGGUUACAGCAGGCUCUACCCCUUCCACCUCCCCUGUUCCAUGUCCAUCUCCAUCUCCCUCAUCUGGUGACUGGAUGCGUUCUCACACAGGCAGGGCAUCACCUGUGCGCAACUCUCAUGGCAAAAACAUGCCCUCCACUUCCUCCCAGGGUUCUGGUGGCUGUUCUCAGUCAGAGCAAACCACCACCCCGAAAUCCACGCCCAAGCAUACAGACAUGGCAGAACUGGCAAAACAUGAAGCAGAAAUAGAACAUCGUACCCUUGCACUAAAACGUGAAGGUUUCUGGUCCCUAAAACGUCUGUCUCGUUUAACUGAACCAGUACGGCCCAAAGUGCAUUGGGAUUACCUCUGUGAGGAAAUGCAGUGGCUUUCUGCAGAUUUUGCACAAGAGAGGCGAUGGAAAAGAGGAGUGGCCCGAAAGGUGGUAAGGAUGGUGAUGCGCCACCAUGAGGAACUGAGGCAAAAGGAAGAGAGAGCAAAACGUGAGGAGCAGGCCAAACUGAGAAGAGUUGCUUCUUCUAUUGCCAAGGAGGUCCGUGCCUUCUGGAGCAGUGUUGAGAAGGUGGUCCAGUAUAAACAACAGUCCAGACUGGAAGAGAAGCGGAAGAAGGCUUUGGAUCUCCAGCUUGAUUUCAUUGUGGGUCAGACAGAGCGUUACUCAGAUAUGUUAAGUCAGUCCCUGCAGGCUGCUCCUGUACACAGUUCAGACACCACUACUGUCUCCAAACAAUCACAGCUAAAUGCUGUUGAAGAGGAUGAUAGAGACUUUGAGCCACCUUUUGAGGAGGAAGAUGAUGAAGAGACUAUAGAAGUAGAGGAGCAGCAAGAGGGAAAUGAUGCAGAGACACAGAGACGAGAGAUAGAGUUACUAAGGGAGGAGGGCACUCUGCCUCUAGACCAGCUGCUCAGUACUUUAACUCUCCCCCAGGAUGUUGAAUCAGAAGAAGAAGCCUCAGAUACUUCAUCUUCUACAGUUGAAGAGGAAGACAAAGAAUUCAGUGCUAAUGAAGAAGAUGCGGAAGAUGAAGAAGACACCAUUGCAGCCCAGGAAGUUAUUGAAGGAGAUGGAGACCAUGCUGAAGAACUUGAUGACCUUGCUAGAGAGGGGGAGAUGAGCAUGGAACAGCUGUUAGAGAAGUACAGAGGAGCAUAUGCCUCUGAUUUUGAGGAGCCCUCAGCCUCAGCAUCACCAGACUCCUCCGAAGAAUCAGAGGGAACUGAAGAGGAAGCAGAGGAAGAGACGGAGGGAGAGGACAGUGCUGAUGAUAGUAGCUCCUCCUCAGAUUCCCAUGCGGCUGUAGACAGUGAUGAAGAAGAGGAGGUUGAGGAUGUGCAGGAGAGUGAUAAAGGGGAUGACGAUGAUGGAGGAGAGGGAAUGGAGGUUCUGUUGAGAGAGGGAGACCAUAGUCCUACUGUACCAACAUCUCCCCGACCUAAGAAAGAAAUCAGUCACAUUGCUGCUACUGCCGAGAGCCUUCAACCUAAGGGAUAUACACUGGCAACAACAAAGGUCAAAACACCAAUUCCAUUCCUGCUUCAUGGUACCUUGCGUGAGUACCAGCACAUUGGAUUGGACUGGUUGGUCACCAUGAAUGAGAAGAAACUCAAUGGCAUACUUGCAGAUGAAAUGGGGCUUGGAAAAACCAUCCAGACCAUUGCUUUGUUAGCUCAUCUAGCAUGUGUAAAGGGUAACUGGGGUCCACACCUGAUUAUCGUGCCCACCAGUGUAAUGCUCAACUGGGAGAUGGAGUUGAAACGUUGGUGCCCAGGAUUCAAAAUCCUCACCUACUAUGGUAGCCAGAAGGAGCGCAAACUCAAGAGACAAGGCUGGACCAAACCCAAUGCUUUCCAUGUCUGCAUCACCUCGUAUAAGCUAGUACUGCAAGAUCAUCAGGCUUUUAGGCGCAAGUCUUGGAGGUACCUCAUUUUGGAUGAAGCCCAGAACAUCAAGAACUUUAAGUCCCAGCGUUGGCAAAGCCUGCUCAAUUUCAACAGCCAGAGGAGAUUGUUGCUCACAGGUACUCCUCUCCAGAACAGUCUAAUGGAGCUGUGGUCUCUUAUGCACUUCCUCAUGCCUCACGUUUUCCAGUCCCAUCGUGAGUUCAAGGAGUGGUUCUCAAACCCGCUCACUGGAAUGAUUGAAGGGAGCCAGGAAUACAAUGAGGGCUUGGUCAAACGGCUUCACAAGGUGCUAAGACCCUUUUUGCUGCGAAGAAUCAAAGCAGAUGUGGAGAAACAAAUGCCAAAAAAAUAUGAGCAUGUUGUGCGCUGUCGACUCUCCAAAAGACAGCGCUUUCUCUAUGAUGACUUCAUGGCCCAGGCCUCGACUCGAGAGACCUUAGCCAGCGGCCAUUUCAUGUCUGUCAUCAACAUCCUGAUGCAGCUACGAAAAGUGUGUAAUCACCCCAACCUGUUUGAUCCAAGGCCAAUACAAUCCCCCUUCAUCACAAAGGCCAUCAUCUAUUCUACUGCUUCACUGGUUCAGCGGGCUCUUGAGACCUCACCUUUUGAGCGCUGUGACAUGUCCAUGUUUGACCUGGUUGGCUUGGAGCAGCGUGUGACUAGAUACCAGGCAGAUGUUUUCCUGCCUCAGAGGAAAGUGACACAUCAGCUUAUUCAGGAGAUCAUGGAGUCUCCUGAUCCUCCUCCCAGACCGAAGCCUGUUCGCAUGAAAGUCAACAGGAUGCUUCAGCCUCUUCCUAAAUCUGAUGGGCAUUCUUCAGCGAACAGUCCUCGCCCUGCAUGUCCUACCACGAUGGCUGUUCAGACUACAAAACCUUUAAUUACAGAAGUCCCCCCUCCCCCCCCUCUCUCACAACCAACACCUCAAGUUUGUCCUGUUACUCCUGUUGCUGCUCCAAGAGCUCCAGUUGCUUUUAGCAGUGUCCCUUCUGCAUCUGCAGUCAGGCCUCCAGUCCCCCAGCCAGUGACUGUACGCCCCUCAGGAACGUCCAGCGUCACAACGGUGUCUGCUCCCCCUCAACCAACAAGCAGCAUUAUGACUCAGAGGGUCCUGCUUAGCCCAGAUAUGCAGGCUCGUUUGCCAUCCGGUGAAGUUGUGAGUAUCGCUCAACUGGCCUCCCUAGCUGGCCGACCAGUGUCGUCCUCUCAGGGCAGUAAACCAGUCACCUUCCAGCUGCAGGGCAACAAGCUCACACUCUCUGGGACUCCCUUGCACCAGGUUCCCGUUCCUCAGCCACGACCCAUCCAAGGAAAUGUAAUGCAUCUGGUUUCCAGUAGUGGGCAACACCACCUUAUUAGUCAGCCAGCUCAGGUGGCAGUUCUUCACACAGUUAGUCAGUCAGGUAGCAGCUCAGCAAAUCCCCACCCAACCAGCACAAUCCCAACCUGCUCUGGACUAGCAGUACCUUUCACCGCUACUCAAGUACCAACAUCCAUGGUAAGUGGACCCGGAAUUGUAAAGAUUGUUGUACGCCAGGCACCAAGUAAAGAAGGAGGGUCAAUCCCGACUCUGGCAGUGCCUCCGUCUCCUCGUCCUGCUCCUCCUCAAUCAGUCACCCUUCAUCCACAUGGCACUCCAAGCCCUAUUCUUAGAGCGCCCACUGCUCCACAAGCUGUACAACGGCCUCCGGUUUAUGCUGCUCCACCCCGUACUGUUGCUUCCUCCCAGACUCCACUUACUCGCCCUGUAUUGAGAGUAGUACAGGGACCACCACCACCACCACCACCACCAGCCCCAGAACCACCAGUAACAAAGGCAAGUUCAUCAUCAGUGCGUGAGGACAGUGGUAAUGAUGUGAUUACUUUGCGCAUGAGCACUCCUAAGCCUGCAUCCUCAUCUCAGAGCAGUGGGUCAACAUCUCAGCGCCCCCGUGUUCAGCCGCCACCUCCACCACGUUCCCCCUUCUACAUGUCAUGGCUUGCAGACAGCCGAAAGGAUCAGCGAGACAACCGAAUCUCUCAAAUCAUGCGCAUCAAUGAGCUACACUGCAGUGCUAAGCCUGUGUAUGGCCGUGAGGUGCUGGACUUCCUAACCUUCCUCCCAGGCCCUUGUCCAUCUCCGCCACAUCCUGUAAUAAACAACUGGAGUUACUCAGGGUAUAGCUCCUGCCUCACUGCUCAAUCACACCAUACCAGUAGCCUCCUGGAAAAGAGCAAAGCCCUGAAAGAAGCCAUCCACAACUCAGAGAAAAGACUUCAACUUCUCUCUGAUAUCAUAGACAGGUUCACUUUUGUCAUUCCUCCAGUGGAAGCAAAGCCUAUUACCAUACACACCUGCCAUCCACCUCCCUCCCUCAGACACCAGCAAGGUCAUUUCUCCUCUGUUCUGUCUUCCCAUCUCUCCCCGCGUACAAACAUGCUCCAUCGCAUCCAGUGUAACAUGAGGACACAUUUUCCUGACUUAAGGCUUAUUCAGUAUGACUGUGGUAAGCUGCAGACACUCCACCUCCUGCUUAGAAGAUUGAAGGCAGAAACACACAGAGUCCUCAUUUUCACUCAGAUGACACGAAUGCUGGAUAUACUUGAGCAGUUCCUUAACUAUCAUGGGCACAUCUACCUGCGUUUGGAUGGAAGUACCCGUGUCGAACAGAGACAAGCUCUGAUGGAGCGUUUUAAUGCAGACCGUCGCAUAUUCUGCUUCAUCCUGUCCACCCGCAGUGGAGGGGUUGGUGUUAACUUGACUGGGGCUGAUACAGUGGUGUUCUAUGACAGUGAUUGGAACCCAACCAUGGAUGCUCAAGCUCAGGACCGGUGCCACAGAAUUGGACAGACAAGAGAUGUUCACAUCUAUAGGCUAAUCAGUGAACGCACAGUUGAAGAAAAUAUUUUGAAAAAAGCCAAUCAAAAGAGGAUGUUGGGAGAUAUGGCAAUUGAAGGUGGAAACUUUACCACUGCCUUUUUCAAAGAGCAAACUAUAAGGGAGUUGUUUGAUGUGUCAGAGGGAGAGAAGAAAGAGGCUGAAUUGAGUGCGCCUCAUUCAGAUGAUGAUGAGUCCAUAAAUAAACAACAAACCACUAUUUUGGAACAGGCCUUGUGUCGUGCUGAGGAUGAAGAGGAUAUAGUAGCUGCAUCUCAAGCCAAGGCUGAGCAGGUGGCUGAUCUUGCAGAGUUCAAUGAAAACAUCCCUUUGGAUGAUGGUGACAGCAGAGACCAGGAAGAGGAAGAGCUCUCCAAAGCUGAGCAGGAAAUUGCUGCCCUAGUUGAACAGCUCACUCCCAUAGAGCGAUACGCUAUGAAUUUCCUUGAGGCUUCCCUUGAAGAUAUUUGCAAAGAGGAGCUGAAGCAGGCAGAGGAGCAGGUUGAGGCUGCAAGGAAAGGGUUGGAUCAGGCAAAGGAAGAAGGUUUGAAACUGCAUCAGUCAUCCGACAGUGAUGAAGAGGAUUCCAUACCUGCCAAUACUGAGGAACCUACUCCAACCCGUCGCCCUCGCAAACACAAAGAGAAAGGUGCUCCUUCUACAAGGGUCAGUGGCAGGCUCAGAGGGACACCUGCUGACGAUAUAUCUCUAACCCAGCGAUCCCCAGAGAGAGGCAAGAGGGGGGCAUGGAUGAACUCAGAACGCAGUAUAAGCCAAACCCCUGGGUCAACGCAAAGGUCCCCGCAACACAGAGAAGUGCCUGAGAAGCUUCGCAGUGGUCCAAAAGGGCGAGGGACAACCAAAGAAUCUGUGUCCUUCACGUCAUUAGAAAACCAGACAAUUCAAACUAAUCCGCAGCUCUCAGAUUCAGCAACUUUGUCUCCUGCUAUACGGGGUUCAGACCCAAAAAUUAGAUAUGUGCCAUCCCCUCACCACCAGCCUAUCUCCCCAUCAAGCUGUGUGCCUUCAGCUGCUGCAUCUCCCGCAAUGGACAAAAACUCCAGUGGCCAUCAGUCCUCCUCCUCUACUGCAUGCAAAGAGGACUGUGAAGAGCAGGGGGGAGAGGCACUGUCUGAAACUGUACAGUGUAGCAGAAGAGAUAGGAAAACCUCUGCAUCAUCAGACUCCAUUUGUUCUCCUGAACAUCACUCUGAACAGGAUGGUCAGCUCCCUCUUUCUCCUACUCUGCCAUCACCUAAUUCUCGCUCUCCACGAAAGAGGCAGUCAGCUGAAAGGGAAAUCCUCAAAGGGCUUCCAGAAGAUUCCCCAUCAGCCAAGGUCCUUCGAAAGCUUCCAGGUCGCCUGGUCACAGUGGUGGAGGAGAAAGAGCCCAAAAGGAAACGGAGGGGAUUAAGUGGAAGUGGAGGACCACACACUGAGGGUUCAUCCGAGGAAACUGAACAUGCUGAACCAGUUCCAGACUCAGGCUCUCAAUUGUCUGAUGGUGGAAGUCAGCCUCUUAAGGAUUCUCCUCCCAAAUUAGUUCCCACAUCCUUAGCUUCUUCCCCGCCACCCCCACCACCACCCCCACCCCCACCUCCACCACCACCACCACCAACACAAGAGCAGGAUCAGGCAUCCUCUCCAUUACAUAGUAGCCCAGGGAGAGGGCACCACCCCUGUUCCCCAACACACCAUUCACCAGAUAUGCCUGUCCUACGAAACUUACCAGUACGCAGAAGGCUUGAGACAGAGUCUCGAAUGGCUGCACAGUUAGGAGAGCAGUUUGUAGGAAGAGGUAGAGGUGUGGAUCGGAGAUCUGCUUUAUCACCAAAGAAACCAGACUCGAAUUCAGACAAGGAUAGUGCUACUCCAAAUGACUUAAUGAAGCGCAAGAGGGGCAGACCACCUAAAACACCUCCACGGGCACUAGAGCUGCCAGAAGACAAAACAGCAGUUACCCAGAAAACAAGUCCUGAGCAAAGUCCUUCUCACUCACCAAAAAGGAAAAGAGGUCGUCCCCGUAAAGAUUCCACCACAACUAACAGCUCAUCCCCGUCUUCUCCUUCUACAUGUGCUCCUUCCUCCCAAGAGCCUAAUUUGUCAAAGUCCAAUGUUAUGCCUGUGACUUUGCCUGUUGUCACUAAUAUUUCACCAAUAAGCUCUCCGCUCAACCCCACUUCACCCUCAAAUGCUGCUGAAGUAUCAUCAUCUCCUAAACCAGAUUCUGAAACAAAUAAAAAAACUACAUCUGUUUUACUGUCCUCUAUGCAUACAGACUCUCAAAAUAUGUCAUUGUCUACAUCAGAACUUGGUGAUUCACAUGGUGAAACUCACACCAGUCAUGCAUGCAUUGACUCUGACACCAGUACACUUGAAACUUUAUCACACAGCACUUCUGCAACAGCAGUCUCUCAGACUUGUACAUCUUCUGCUACACUACAUCCUCCAAGUCCUAUCAGAGAGCCUCCAAUUUGCAGUGUCUCCAUCUUUGAAGAGGAACUUGCCUGUACACCUAUACUUUUUGAGACCAGUGAAGUUGUACCGUCUUUAGAACCUUCAAAUGUAUCGCUGACUGCUGCAGAAACCAAGAAAAAUUCACACACCGAAAAAGAUAAUUUACAGUACACACAUACAUUAACUCAAGCUACGUCUCAACCCUUAAAAAGUACCAGUACAACUGAAGACUCUCCACAAACCUCUGUAGAACACAUGUGCAAUAUAGCUGCAUCUCUUACUCCUACUCAUCGGUCGUCCCCCCAGCCUUCUCCUUCACCUGCUUUGACUUCUGAGAUUAAGCAAGAUUCAUCUAAAUCAGAGGUACCAGAACCUUCUGAGACACUCACUGUGUCAACAGUCGAACAGUCCACACAUGCAUCUGAUCAAACUUCAGUUCCUCCCUCACAAACUCAAACUACAGACAUUAAAGCAGCAACAGAUUCAGCACUUGUAUGCCAUAAAAUGUCUUUGGUGUCUUCACAAUCUCCGUCCACCAAUGAUCGGAUAACAGAUUCUUUGUCCACAUGCAAUACAGAUGCAGAUUCUUCUCAGUCGAAAAACAUGCCAGUGGAGACCAUGGCUGGUAAUCAUGAAUGCCAACAUUCAUCCAAGGAGGAGGUUGUAACUGAAGAAGAGGUUGUGACAAUGGAAAUAGACAGUCUUGCUGAGGAAAAUGUGAGAGAAAAAGACAGCAUCUUAUCUCAGCCAAAAAGAAGGAAAUUGGAUAGUUUGCCAAAGGAACCUGGUGCCUCAGGAGUUGCCUCAUCAAAUUCAGAUAUCGAGUCCCAUGAUGACCCUAAGAGUGAUGGACCUGAUAAGCCAUCACAAGAGGAUUCAAGAGAGGAGAGAGAAACCAGAACGUCUGCCAAAAAACGAAGCAUCAGUAGGCAAAGCAGCCAAGAGUCAGUCCGUUCCUCUUCCCCAUCUUCUGUAUCCUCCUGUGGUACAAGAUCAUCCCAGUCCAAAAAGGUUGGGGACAAUAGGGGGCCUGUUAAAAGGAAACGGGAAGAUAUAAAGUCUGAAAAAGAGAAAACUGAAGAAGAGUCUGACAAGAAGCACCAUUCCAACUCUUCCUCAUCUUCGGACUCUGAGGACUCUAAUAGCAUGACAAGAUGUUUGACAAGAUCAGCUCAGAAAAAGUUGGAGAAAGAUGGCAUAAUUGUUAAAAAUGAUGAGAGCAGUAAGAGACAGAGUGGGAGGUCAGACAAGAAGGGUAAAACCACCAAUACCAUUGAAGGGGAGUCCAGUGGUGAAACAUGUUCAAGAGUAACCCGAAAAACUGUGGGCCCACAACCCAAUACUUUAGCCUCCCCUGAACCUGAGGUACUGGGCAAACGCUGCUCAGCUCUUAAUGCUGCUGCCAAACUCUUGGCAAUGAGGGGAAGAGGACCAGACACACCCAGCCCCAGAAGUAAGACAGCAGCACAACAAAACAAACCUCUGUCCUCUGAAAAAAGCAGUAAACCCAAGGGGAAAACAGGACAGGACUCUCCCAAGAUGUCUAACAGUAAAGCAGGGAGUGGCAGGCAAACCCCCAAUCAGUCAACAGAAUCACCACAGUCCUCUUCGUCUUCUCGAUCCACUCGGCAGCGCCCAGGCAGCCUUGUUCCACCCUUGGAAACAGAAAGGGUUAAAAAAGAAGAAAAGAAAAAGGCAUCUGAUCAGAAGGAAGAAGGCGAAGAUGAAAACAGAGAUACCAGGUCUUCAGGAGGUCACAGUGCCUGCAGUAGUAUAAGCAGCGAAAGAGGAGCAGGCAGCAGUAGAAGUCGGAGUAGCAGCAAUAGCAGCCAGCGCACCCACAGUUUGAGCUCGCAGAGUACAGAACCAACCCGCUCCCGUUCCAGGGCAGCAUCCUCUGGUAGUGAUACAGAGAGAGGCAAAAGUAUUCGGUAUAAACAUGAUGGAGGUGGAGGCAGGGAGAGCAGGAAAGAGAAGAGGUCCCAGAAGCAGGACAAACCUGAACUGAGUGCUGGGUCCAGCGACGGGACUCCAGACAGGGUUCUUAGGAGUGUAGCUGCAUUGGCAGCCGCUCAGGCGCGUACUCCAGCUAGCAACACACGUUCUUCAUCCACCCAAAACCGGCACUCCAAGACGUGAUAGGGAGCAGAGAAGUUGUCUUUAGGUUUCAACAAGGAGUAAGACAACAACUUCAGCGAGGAGCAAAUGCAGAUUUUUUUUGGAGGAUUGUGAAUCAGUUUCAUUUAAAGGCCAUGGUUUAGCUGUAUGAGAGAAGACGAGAGAAGAGAGAUCUUUUGCACACCGUGAUUAGAUCUGACCUCGCCUUUGCCCUCUCAGCUAUCUUAAGUCAAGCCAUUUAUAAUGUGGAAUGGGAUAUAGAUGCAGGACAAAGAAGAAGAUUUGGUCACCUAUUUAAAAAUGUCCUAAUAAUUUGAGUUAAAACCUGGAACAUGUUUUACCCUUCCACAAAGACUUUGGAACUUCAAAGUAGCUGGGCAAGAGGCAAGAUUUAUUAUUUGUUCACACUAUGUACUGUAAUCAUAGAGACUGAAAGACUGGAAAUACUAUGUGAAGUACGUGUUGAAAGAUUGGUCGCAUAGAUUGUACACUUUUUACAGAGUUUACUAGUGCUGCAAAUGGUAUUGAUGAGGAAGAAAUUCAUUAAUGCUACAUUGAAAUGAUUUAGUGGGGACUGUACAAUUGUAAAGUUUUUAGACUGUUGCAUUCUGGAUAAUAUUUGUCAGCUGUUUUGACUAUUGUUUGUUUCAAGUCAGUUGAUAAAUAAUGAAAAUAUCUUCUAUAUCUUCCAGGGUAUGAAGAAGAGAGGGCAGGUCUAAAAAAAAAAAAUGUGAUUUUUUUUUUUUGUUUUGUUUCUUUGUUUUUGUUUUUUUUUAGGGUUUUUUUCUCUCUGCACUAUGCUGGAGUUACUGUUUGCUUAGAUCACCUGUCUUGUGUAAUGUUUCUCAGUCCAUUACUUUUAAAUUCUGCUGCUGCCUGCUUUUCCCCAUUUGCACAUCUGAAAUGUCCCAGACAUUGGAGGAUUGCAUUGUGGUUUAGUCUUUUUUUUUUUUUUUUUUCCUUUUUCUUUUGACUUGUCAGUACAUCUUUACUGGUACCUCACUGCAUUUUGUAAGCUCUAAAGUAAGUGUAUCUCUUGAGCUUGUGAUGAAUCUUGAAGUUUGCUUGUCAUUUGAUUUAUAGCAGUACAGAAAUGGGAGACAACACCUUGCUAUUUUUCUUCUCUCUUUCCCAAAGUGUUAGUCAUUAUGAUCAUCUUUACACAUUAAAUUGUAUUCACAAACAGAAUCUAAAUGAGUUUAAUAAAAUGAGAGUGCCUGUUGAUCCAUACAAGGAUCCAUGUUAAAAGUAUAGAAGUUUGGUCAUCUAUAGUGCUUUGAGUGUUAUAAGCUCUUCCACCCUUCAUUGUAACAACACCAUUUCUGUUUAUGUGCAACCAAAACUGAAAUCUCCAGUGACAUUUGCUACUGUCAGCUAUUUUUAUUUCUGGAGUAUUGGUCCUUUGUAUGAAUGGAUGAUGCUGGGUGGGUAUGAAACACCUGAAAAAACUUCUUAAGAGUUUCUUUUUGUUUGUUUGUUUUUUUUUGUUUUGUUUUUUUUGCUGAACAUUGGCAGUCAAGUGAGUUGUAAGAUAGCUUUCUUUGCCCUUUUUGGACAGAAAGAUGUGUGGGGGGGUAUUUAGUAGAAUAUGGUGAUGGUCUUAUUUUCAUUUUGAUUUGUCUCUAUUCUAAUUUGUUACAUUCCUUAUGUUCCCUUGUAAUUCCACAUUGUUUUACUUGAAAGAUUGAAACAAAAAUGUAAGUUGAAUAAAAAGACCAAAAAUACACUCA